CUGCAUGGGGUCUAAAAUCAGUGUUCCAGUGCAGGACAUGAGGACGCCGAUUCUCUCCAGUUUCUGCGGUAACCGGUCCUGAGGAAAGACCUCAGGCCUGUAUUCGUGGAUGUACGCAAUGCAACAAAUAUGCGGUCUCCUCCUCACACUUUUGUUUGCUGAGACAGUUGCUGAAAAAAAGUACUGUUGGUACUUUGAAGGAGAUUAUCCUGUAUACUUCAUAUGCAAGGCAUAUGAGGACUGCUGUGGCACAGAAUGCUGCGUUCGAGCUCUUGCUGUUCAGAGAAUAUGGUAUUUCUGGUUACUGCUGAUUAUUGCUAUUUUAUGCUGCUGCAGCACUGGCUACUUCAUCCGCAGACGGGCCCACCCUUACUCUCCAUCCGACAGGCCUGAGUUUACUGUGGCCUUCAGCAGAAACCCCAUCAUAACACCAGGCCUGCGUCAGCCUGGCUUUCACAGUUAUGGAGACUCAGAGACCGCAGUCAUUUCCACUGUCUUCCCUGCAGUGACUGCGCUAUCCUACUACAGCCAGACUCCUCAUUCUCAUCCUCCUCCUCCUUCAUAUGAGCAGGUCAUGCAGGAUUCACAGAAGAAAUAACAAUAUCAGCAGGAGAACACUGAGUCCUGAGGAUCAACCCUACAGCACUGUGACCUUUACUUACAUGCCUUCAAGACACUGAAGCAGCUCAACAGCUCAGACGAGACUGGAGGAAACAAACCGGAACAAAUGUAAAUAUAAACAAAAAGAGAAAGAUUAAAAUGGCUUCCAUUUUUUUUGUCAGCAUAGAAAACCAAAAGGUUUAAAAGUUCAAAAGGUUAAAGUUCCUCUUUUGGGAAUAGUGUUCCUAAACUUAUAGCUUAAGUAACA